UAAAGGAUGUGGUCUGCUCUGAGAUGAGGAAGAAGUGCACGGAACUGUUACGAGCUCCCUGCAAGCAACUCGCUCUGCGUUACUGGAACAGAUAAAAUACCUGUUAAUUUGGAUUAUCACAGUGUUUCUCGUUUUUGAGACCGUGUCAUGAUUCUGUGAAGAUGCAUUGAAGACAAAAGAAAAGAUGGAAGUGGAGGAGACUGUUGAAACAAGGACUUCCUGGUCAGCAGUGCCAGGAGAGACACACUCCAUCCUCUGCGACCAUGCUGGGAAGAAGAGAAAACAAGACCCGGCCCCUGAACCUGUGAUCAGAAUCACAGAGGAUGAAGAGGAAGACGAGGAGGGUGAAAUGAUGUCCGACCACAUGAAGGAGUCAGAGGAGCCCAGUAAUAAAAGGGUCAAACCUGUGGCAAAGUCCAACAGCCUGACAGGUGUCAUAACCCCAGUGAAGACGCCUGCUCUGAAACGCAUCGGACAGUCCAUUUCGCGCUCCAUCAGUUUUCGCACAGAGGCUCGACCUUUGCCCCCGGCUCCCCUGCGCUCUCGCCCGAAAGCCUCGUCGUUUCCACGCCGGCGCAACAGCCAAUGUUGGAGUGACACUGUGGAGAGUCAUGACCUCACUGCAAAGGAGAUCAAGCGUCAAGAGGUGAUCUAUGAGCUGACUCAGGGAGAGAGACAACUUAUUGAGGACCUCAGUCUGGUUAAGAAGGUGUACUAUGAGCCCAUGCUGAAGCUGGACAUCAUGACGGAGAGUGAGCUUGGACAGAUCUUUGGUACUCUGGACUCCCUGAUUCCUCUCCAUGAAGAUCUGCUGAGUCGUCUGGAGCGGCUGAGGGGAUCAGAGAAGACGGUCGGAGAGGUGGGGCCUACUCUGAUGAACUGGUUCCCUUGCCUGGAGGCCUAUGUUACAUACUGCUGUAACCAAGUGGGGGCCAAAGCCCUGCUGGACCAGAAAAAGCAUGAGAAGAGAGUGGAGCACUUCCUGCGCCUGUGUCAGGAGUCUUCGUUCAGCAGGAAACUGGACCUGUGGAACUUCCUGGAUCUCCCUCGAAGCCGUUUGGUCAAAUACCCGCUGUUGCUGAAAGAGAUACAGAAGUGCACGCCUCCAGAGCACCCUGAUGAGGACACAUUGCCUGAUGCUCUGGAGCUGAUCCAGAGCAUCGUGGCGGAGGUGAACAAGAAGACAGGGGAGGCUGAGUGUCAGUUCUACAGGCGGGGUCUCGGCUACCUCGAAGAGAGCCAGAGACUGCCCGAGAUCCAACAGUCCCGCUUCCUCUACUGCCACGGAGAGCUCAAGAACAACAAGGGCCAGCGGCUGCAUGUAUUCCUGUUCGAGCUGGCUUUGGUGCUGACAAGGCCGGGGGAGGACAGAGAGGGAGGUCAGGUGUUCAAUGUGUACAGACAGCCUCUGCCCAAUGCCUUGAUAAAUCUGGAGGAGAUCCCAGAUGGGGAGGCUGGUGGAGGGGGCACCUUCAGAGGAGCCUUCACUGGGGGAAAUGAUAAAGUGAAGAACUGUUUCCGCGUGAGCAGCAGAGGGCGCUCCAAGGCUCACCCUUACUGCCUGCAGGCCAACGACUCCUUCAGCAAGCAGCAGUGGAUCACCUGCCUGCGCCAAGCCAUCGUCCAGUCGCGGGACAGGACAUCUCAGACCAGACAGUCGCAGUUCUCCCUCCACCCUGAUCCGGCCCUGUAUCACAUAGCUGAGCUCAGCCUCAGCUCGGACACAGACAUGGCCGACCAUACCAGCCGCUGACUGGCAAACUGAUCAUCAGGAGGCCUGUGGAGUCACCACAGAUGUGUACAUUGACAUUUGAGAAUAUAAAUGGGACUGCUUGUGAAAGAUGAUUGUGCUUAGACACACAUAUAAAAUUUCCUACAUGGAUAAUUUUCUUUUCUCGCUCUUGCUGAUGGAUUGUGCGAUUGUGGUGAUGCAUACUGUACAGCUUGGAGCAGCGAUACUGAAUGUGAAUUUACUAUGAAAAAUGUUUUUGCUGUUGUUUUUUUUUUUUUUUUAAUAAACUGACACUUGAAAGUU